AUGACAGACUCCAAGUAUUUCACAACCACCAAGAAAGGUGAAAUAUUUGAGCUCAAGGCUGAGCUAAACAGUGAUAAAAAAGAGAAGAAAAAGGAAGCUGUAAAAAAAGUCAUCGCAAGUAUGACUGUUGGCAAAGAUGUUAGUGCUCUCUUUGCUGAUGUUGUCAACUGUAUGCAGACGGACAAUCUGGAGCUGAAGAAGCUGGUCUACCUGUACUUGAUGAAUUACGCAAAGACACAGCCUGAUGUUGCCAUCAUCUCUGUCAACACGUUUGUUAGGGACUGUGAAGAUCCGAACCCCCUCAUUCGAGCAUUGGCAGUGAGAACCAUGGGUUGCAUUCGUGUGGAUAAAAUCACGGAGUACCUGUGUGAACCACUGCGCAAGUGUUUGAAAGAUGAAGAUCCUUAUGUCCGCAAGACUGCUGCUGUGUGUGUGGCCAAGCUGCACGACAUCAAUGCCCAGCUGGUGGAGGAUCAAGGCUUCCUGGAUGCACUGAAGGAUUUACUUUCUGAUUCCAACCCCAUGGUUGUAGCAAAUGCUGUUGCAGCCAUUUCAGAGAUUUUGGAAACCUCCACCACAGCUCAGCCCAGCCUGGAGAUGAACUCUGGAACUAUUAACAAGCUGCUGACAGCUCUCAAUGAAUGUACCGAAUGGGGACAGGUGUUCAUUUUGGAUUCAAUCUCAAACUAUGCACCAAAGGAUGAAAAAGAAGCACAAAGCAUAUGUGAGAGAGUAACUCCACGUCUGGCUCAUGCUAAUGCAGCAGUGGUUCUUUCAGCUGUCAAAGUCAUCAUGAAGUACAUGGAGAUUCUAGACAUCCAUGGAGACUAUGUGACCAUGCUGGUCAAGAAGUUGUCCCCUCCGUUGGUGACCCUGCUCUCUGCUGAACCUGAGAUACAGUAUGUGGCGCUUAGGAAUAUCAAUCUGAUUGUCCAGAAAAGACCUGACAUUCUGAAGAACGAGAUGAAGGUGUUCUUUGUGAAGUACAACGACCCCAUUUAUGUGAAGCUGGAAAAAUUGGACAUCAUGAUCAGGUUGACCAACCAGGGCAACAUUGCUCAAGUUCUAGCUGAACUCAAAGAAUACGCCACUGAAGUUGAUGUGGACUUUGUGCGCAAGUCGGUGCGCGCCAUUGGCCGCUGUGCCAUCAAAGUAGAGCAGGCAGCAGAGCGCUGCGUGAGCACCUUGCUUGAUCUCAUUCAGACCAAGGUCAACUACGUGGUUCAGGAGGCUAUCGUAGUAAUAAAGGAUAUAUUCCGCAAGUACCCAAACAAAUACGAGAGCAUCAUUGCCACUCUUUGCGAAAACUUGGACACUCUGGAUGAGCCUGAAGCCAGGGCCUCCAUGAUCUGGAUCAUUGGGGAAUAUGCUGAGAGGAUUGACAAUGCUGAUGAGCUGUUGGAGAGUUUCCUCGAGGGCUUCCAGGAUGAAAACACUCAGGUUCAGCUGCAGCUCCUGACAGCUAUUGUGAAGUUGUUCUUGAAAAGACCUACAGACACCCAGGAGUUGGUCCAGCAGGUUCUGUCUCUGGCCACUCAGGACAGUGAUAAUCCAGAUCUGCGUGACCGUGGCUACAUCUACUGGCGUCUGCUGUCUACUGAUCCAGCGGCAGCCAAAGAAGUGGUUCUGGCUGAGAAGCCACUCAUCUCUGAAGAAACUGACCUGAUUGAGCCCACCCUGCUGGAUGAGCUGAUCUGUCACAUUGCCAGUUUGGCAUCUGUAUACCAUAAACCACCCAAUGCAUUUGUGGAAGGACGAGGGGUUAUGAGGCGAUCAUUGCCACGCAACCAGUCUGGUGAGGCCGGAGUUAGUGACCUUACUGCCGAUGUCAGCCCACCCCCUGCUCAGCAGUCAACAGUGAUUCCUGGUGUGGACUCCCUCAUCGGGGACCUGCUGGACAUGGACAUCGGAGGCCCCACUCCCUACCAGCAGCAGCAGAUGAUGGGCCAGAUUCCUCCCUCUGUGCCAGCUUCCACCGGGGCUGUGGACCUGUUGGGUGAAGGCCUGGACAAUUUACUUGGUGGAGGUGGUGGCGGCAUGGAUACUCUGGGAGGUCUAAGUGACAUAUUUGGUAGCUCUGCUCAGACAUCAUCGUACACUCCACCACAAGAGGUAUGGUUACCUGCUGCCAAAGGAAAAGGCAUGGAGGUGACCGGAACCUUUGCAAGACGGAAUAAAAAGAUAUAUAUGGAACUUACAUUCACAAACAAAGCAAUGCAGCCGAUGAUGAACUUUGCUAUCCAAUUCAAUAAAAACAGCUUUGGGUUGCAACCUGCUAGCCCACUUCAGAUACAGUCUCCACUUCCUCCAAACCAGAGUGCUAGCACUUCUCUUCAUCUGAACACUCAAGGACAAAUACAGAAAAUGGAGCCACUCACCACUCUACAGGUUGCCGUGAAGAACAAUAUCGGGGUCUUCUACUACAGCUGCCAGAUCCCCAUGCAUGUGCUGUUUACGGAAGAAGGUGAAAUGGACAAGAAAGAUUUCCUGGCUUCCUGGAAGGAGAUUCCAGCCCAGAAUGAGGUCCAGUCAACAAUCACCAAUGUUCAGCACAAUGCAGAUACGGUCUCACAGAAGCUACGCAACAAUAACAUCUUCACUAUUGCUAAACGUAAUGUGGAGGGACAGGACAUGCUCUACCAGUCUCUGUCGCUGACAAACGGCAUCCGAAUUUUGGCUGAACUCAAGAUCCAACCAGGCAUGACCAACUUCACUUUGUCUCUGAAAUGCAGAGUCCAGGAUAUUUACCCCUUUAUUCAGCAAGCUUUUGACCAGAUUCUGCACAAUUAA